UUCCCGCUUCUCUCUCUCUCCCCAGAGACAAGAAGACCAGCAUCGACACCGUCCCUCGCCCUGGAGGGUCAUGUACAAUCUCUUCAUGGGACUCCUUCCCUUACCCAGGGAUCCCCCAGCCCCAGAAAUGGAGCCCAACUAGGUGCCUACACCCGCUCGAGGGACGUCGGGGACUUGAGGGGCAGGCCCCUUCCGCCUUCUGACAACCUGGCCAGCGGCGGGGACUUUUUCUGCACCAUGUAGCAUACUGGACUGCCAGCCUUGCCUGUCCCAGGGGCGAGCAAGGAAAGCCACUCGAGCCCAGGCAGCCUGGGUGCACUGAUGGAGAUACGGACUUGGAGGACCCUGGCCUCCUGAAAGCCAGGGGAGGGAGGG